UCAAAUAAAUGUUCAUGCUUAUAGUUUUAUACAGAUCACAGAAAUUAUAACCGUUGAAAAAACAUAUGAGCUUUGAAUUAAAUAAUAUUAUUUAAUACUUGAAAAGAAAAAUAACAAUAAAUUCAACUAAGUAACCAAAAUGUCAGCGAUAGAAGUGGUUAUGGAAGUUCCAACAAGCUUAAAGAGGCUUGCACGGUUAGUUGUGAGGGGUUUCUAUACAAUUGAAGAUGCACUUAUAAUUGAUAUAUUGGUUAGAAAUCCCUGUAUGAAAGAAGAUGACAUGUGUGAAUUGUUAAAAUUUGAAAGGAAAAUGCUUAGACAACGCAUAUCUAUUCUAAGAAGUGAAAAAUUUUUACAAACUCGGUUACGAAUGGAAACAGGAGCCGAUAGUAAAGCACAAAAAGUUAAUUAUUAUUUCAUAAAUUAUAAGUCUUUUGUAAACAUGGUCAAGUAUAAAUUAGAUUGCAUGCGGAAAAAAAUGGAAACACAGGAACGUAAUGCAACUAGUCGAGCCAGUUUCAAAUGUGUUCAGUGUUUUAAAACAUUUACUGAUCUAGAAGCAGAUAUGUUGUUUGAUUUUCAAAGUAAUGAAUUCCAUUGUACAUUUUGUGGUGAGUUGGUGGAAGAAGACACUUCAGUCUUGCCCCAGCAAGACACCCGUGUUAUGUUGGCUAACUUCAAUGAAGUUAUGGAACCUUUUUAUUCUAUACUUCGUGAACUUGAUGGUAUACGUCUUGCACCAGAACUUCUUGAACCUGAACCUACCCGUAUUCUUGGAUUGGAAUCAAACUCAUCACAGCCAUCGAGUGGUAAACAAAAUAAUGGUAUGGAACGAUGGGGUCCUGAUAAAAUGCGAAAUUUGGAUGCAAAUAAUUCUAAAAUGGAAGUUACUAUUGGAGAAGAUCUUCAAGAUAACCGUCCAGUUAUUAAAGAACGACCCAUUUGGUUAACAGAAAGUACUGUUGUAGAAAAUACAUCUGUUCGAGAUUCAGUUGAAAUAGAUAAUAAAGAUAGUGCUGAAGGAGCAUCACUUGAAUUUACCCCUGAUGUAGACAUUAUGACUGUUUUAUUACAACAUGAAAAACGAGCUGGUCAAACGGAUGGUCCUGGAAUGAAAAAUGCACCAGAUGCAGAUUCAAGUGAUGAAGACUUCUCAAAAACCGUGAAAAAUGAACCAUCAAUUGGUUCAGGAGUUGAAGAACUAACCUCUGAAGAAGAAGAAGAUGAUGAAGAUGUACCUUUAGUAAGUGUAGCUGGGCGACGUGUACCAAUUACAGAAGUAGUGAAUAUGACAGAUGCCAUUAGCCAAAUGACACCAUCAGAAAAAGAACACUACAUUCAAGUGUAUCAAGAUUAUUUUUCUGCACUGGGUGAUUAAAUGGUUCAAAUUUACAUUGUGAUAAUAAGUAUAAGAAUAAGUUAUUUUUCAUUGAUAUCGAUCUUAGAAGAAAAAUGAAUUAUAAUUAAUGUAAGUUGUGCAUACAACAUUCUAUUAAAUGGUCAAUAUUUUUGUACAUAAUGUGUUGAUUUGUAUCU